GGAGGGAGGACAUGAACGUAAACGGCUGUCACUUUCAUCCUGCUCUUCUUCUUGUUCUUCUUCCCUUCUUCUCUUCUUUAUCUUUUAGUAUACUUAAAAAUCUGUACUUUCCCUUUUACGGUGCACGUCUCCCCCGCCAAGUGCCCCUCGAUUUCCAUUUCCAUUCUCAUUUUUUCCGCUCGGAAAAUACGGCCCCCCCUCCCUCAUACUCAGAGUUAUUCCUUCAGACUUACACCGUGGUCUCCUCUGCUAACCGUCCAAGACCCCAACCAAGAUGACCCCCAAGAAGUCCAAGGAAGAGCGUCCAUACAAAUGUACAGUGUGUGACAAGGCCUUCCAUCGAUUAGAACAUCAAACAAGACAUAUUCGAACUCACACAGGAGAAAAACCUCAUGCUUGUACAUUCCCCGGUUGUAGUAAGCGGUUUUCCCGGUCGGAUGAGCUCACUCGUCAUUUGAGAAUCCAUAACAAUCCCACUUCCAGAAAGCGUCGGAGUAAAGAGCAAAUGAUGGAGCAGCAGAUGGCUCAGUAUGGUUCUCAGCUGCACUUGCAGGACCAGUAUCAGCAACAGCAGCAGCAACAUCAACAACAACCCGCUCAGUCUCUCCCACAGUAUCAACAAUCCAUGCCUGUAGCCAUCGAUAGAAAUGGCCAUGCCAUCUACCAACAGCCUUACCCCGUGUAUAUGUAUCCUGGAGGCGGUCCAGCGCCACCUCACUCUCAAGGCCAAGUUCAUCCCCAGGGCCCUGUCCAAGGACCUGGUACUACUCUCCCUGGAGGAAUCCCAUUACAGCAACAGUCCGCAACCUUCCUGUUGGCCUCUUCGCCAACAAAUUAUGCCUAUAACCCACAUUUCCCACAACAACAGCAGCAGCAGCAGCAGUCCUUACCUACUCUUCAGCAAUAUCCUGCUAACUCUAACGCUACUCCUGGAAUUGUUGGAGGAGCUUCCAACCCACCUCCUCUCCACUACCUCUACUCCUAUGGCUCAGACUCGAAACUCGCCAAUAUUUCCUCCACUGCAUCUCCUCCGGUGCCCAUUCUGAAAUCCAAAUCAGCAACUUCCAUUGGAGGAGGGGCAGGUUCAUCCUCGUCCACUUCCGCGGCUGCAAUCUUCAGUAACUCAGGAACGAUGUCGACAGCUAACUCGGCCAUUCCUUCUCUCAGCAGCUCCCCUGACCACACAGAACAUAGUAUCGGGAACUCCUCCGGGUCAACUUUUGGAUUCCAAUCGAAGAACAAGGUGUUCAAUGCGUCAUCCUCGUCUCUCUCCUCAUUAACGGGUAAACUCAAAUCAAACUCCUUUACCAAUCUUUCAGGAUUGCAACGCUUGACACCACUCAAGCCAUUGACAGGGCGUCCACCCCUCAACACUGCCAACUCCUCAACAAUGACCGCCACCACCACCACCACCACUACUACUCCUGGAUCAAUGACACCUUCUGGUCCAACCACCCCUGGAGCCUCUACGACAACUUUUGCAUUACCCAAACAAUCCUCAUCCACCUCUUUGAACCUUGAGUUUUACUUGGCCAACAAGAAAUCAAGACCAAAUUCUCCACAACCUUCAUCCAGAGAUCUUCAACAGUUGAACCAAUCAUCGACGACCUCAAUGCCUCAUCAUUCUCUUAUUAUCUCCCCGAAUGAGACACCAUUGCAAACGCCAUCACAAUCACCACCCUUGGCGCCACAGGCCUCAACGGCUUCAUUUGAUAAGUCCAACCAUUUCAAUCUUUUGAACGCUGCCAUUCAACAACAUCAGGGCCGAGCAGAAGCUAUUUCACAGACCUCUUCAACUUCAUCCUCGACGUCUCCACCUUCAUCAACUUCAUCCACACAACCAUCUGCACAAGUUCAAGAUGUAAAGGCCACCACACCAACCCCUAUCGACACGAUAGAGGGUGCCACUUCAAACUCCAUAGCCACCACAGGGACUCAAUUGCCACCCAUUAGAAGCGUUUUCUCCUUCUCUUCAGUCGCCAAGGAAGCGGCUCCCCUGGAGUUUAAACGUCCAGAUACCUUAAAGAAGUGUAUGAACAUAAAGAAUUUAAUGAGUUAGAAUAUAUAGAUCAAGGGUAAAUUUAAUAGAGAUACAAUAGAAGGACAA